AUGAAGUUGUCGCCCAACAAACAGUCCUGCUUCGCUCUGAAAAGGUUUCUCCUGUACGUGCGGCGCUCCGAGAUCCGGGGAGUGGACAUCGAAAACCCGUACAUGAACGUGAUGACGGCGCUAACCGUGCCUGACAUUGACGACGUGGCGGUGGUGGACUACGACGCGUUGGAGGAGAGGAUUUACUGGGCAGACAUCAAAACACAAACAAUCAAACGGGCUUUUAUUAACGGGACGCAGCUAGAGACCAUCAUUUCUGCAGACAUAGUAAACUGCCGCGGUCUGGCGCUGGACUGGCUCUCCAGGAACUUAUACUGGCUCAGCUCCGAAAAUGACGAGUCGCAAAUCAAUGUGGCUCGCUUUGAUGGAUCCCUGAAGACCUCCAUCAUCCACGGCAUUGAUAAGCCAAGGUGCCUCGUCGUGCACCCGGCCAAGGGGAAAAUCUAUUGGACAGAUGGCAACACUAUUAACAUGGCCAACAUGGACGGGAGCAACAGCAAGGUCCUCCACCAAAAUCAGAGGGAGCCAGUAGGUCUGUCCAUUGACUUUGCUGCCAACAAACUGUACUGGAUCAGCUCGGCCAACGGCACUAUCAACAGGUGCAAUCUGGACGGGGGCGGCCUGGAAGUGCUCGAGUCCAUGAAGAGGGAGCUAGGCCGAGGCAGCGCUCUGGCCGUGAUGGGUGAGUGGUGGGGGUGGGAGCCCACGGUCACGAGGGCUUUUUCUGAACGCUGCCGUGGAUUAGCUCACAAGUGUUCGCAUAUUGACCCAUGA